UGAGCACUAAAUGGAACACAACCUUUAUAUGUCUCACAGGCCUUACGUUUGUGUACAAAAGUAAAUACUAUACAAUGAAUUCAACGGAGUCCUUCAAUUUAAUUGAAGGAGUGCAUAUUCUUAUUACAAAACCCGAUGGAUAUCCAAUAAAUGAAAAUAAUACGUUUUUGAUUAUGGAUACAAGAGACAAUACCAUUUUUACCAUACCUGAUAUAAAUGAAAUUUGGGACUUUUUCCAUUUACGUCGAAGAAAUCACGCAAAAGACUCAACAAAUCCAGAUAAUCCUAUGGAAACUAAAAACAUUUCUCCCGAUAAAAAUGAAGAUAAUGACCUAACAAGUCAAGAUAAUUCUAUUAUGGAAACUAAAAACGUUUCUUCCGAUAAAAAUGGAGAUAAUGCUACAUGGGAACAUUCGGCAAUUAUGCUUCUUUUUUCAUUACGGAAAGAGCAUAAUGACUUAUUUAAAAAUGAUGAAAUAAGAAAAGAUGUUGCAUGGAAAAAGAUUGCAGAGUUCUUUAAAGAGAAAGGUUAUACGUAUACUGCCAAGCAAAUAGAAAAUAAAUGGAAAAAUUUACGAAAAAAUUAUAUGAAGAUAAAAGAUAAUAAUAAAAAAUCUGGAGCAUCAUUAAAAAAAUGUAAAUAUUUUGAUGAAAUGGAAGAAAUAUACGGAAAAUCUCCUAGUGUACAACCUGUAGCUGUUGCUUCAAAUCUUUCAGUAAAAGAUACAAUUCUUUCGACGGGUGAAGAGGAGGCAAUCGACGAAAAUACUUGUCCAGUUCCUUUGAAGAAAAGUAAGAUGGAUAAACAAUUGGAAAUGUGGACAACAUAUUUCGACGAAAAUUCGCAGAAAAGAGAAGAAGCAAGGGAAAAAAGGCACCAAGAGAGACUUGAACAACAAAAACAAGCUCUACAGACUUAUACGGAAAUAAUGGAAAAGUUUUUGAAAAAGCUAUAAUCUAUAUUUACUUUUUAAACAUUUCUUACUUUAAUUAGUUUUAUUAUUUACUUACAAGAUUAUAUAUUUUGUUACUUAAUAAUAAUAGAUUCUUAAAAAUAUUCUUUAUAUUUUUACAUAUUUUGGAGACUGCAAUAUAAUUUAUAAUAUUAUGUUAAAGUCAUGAUAAUAAGCUUUGUUACCCUUAGUCUACAAUAAUAAAGGAUUUAAGCUUUAAGCUAUAAGAAACUGACCAAUUACAGUAAUUUUUUAUAAGAAUACUCAGUGAUUGGUCAAUUUUUU